AUGUCGGGUCUCGAGAAAGCCCUUUUCAACCUCAAGUUCACAGCGAAACAGCUAAACCGACAAGCAGCCAAAGCGUCGAAAGACGAGAAGACGGAGAAGGAUAAAUUGAAAAAGGCGAUCCAACAAGGCCACAGCGACAUCGCAAAGAUCUACGCGCAAAACGCGAUCCGGAAACAGAAUGAACGGUUGAACCUGCUGAGACUGGGGAGUAGAAUCGAUGCCGUGGCGAGUAGAGUGCAGACGGCGGUCACGAUGAGACAGGUUACGGGGAGUAUGACGAAUGUGGUUAGGGGGAUGGAUCAGGCUAUGAAGGCUAUGGAUUUAGAAAAAGUACAUCCCAUUCCCGUCACCCCUCACCAUCCCACCAUAAUCAGUGCUCAUCUAUAUUUCUAG